GCUGACGUGUGCAGAAGUCCCUCUUGUUCUGGUCGUUGUUCCGUCUGAGUACCAGCUCCCCGCUGCCCUGCGGGAUAGCGGACUUGUUACAGAGGCAAGAACAAGAGGGAGAAGGAAAUUGUCCCGGAUCCUGGAAGUGGGUCUGAGCCUCUCCCAGGUUGCCAGUCUUUCCGUAGUUUGCGGCACUACGCCAGGCAAGUGAAGAGGAAGGAAAAUAACCCUGAUUGGUGAAGGUCGAUUUGAGGCAGGUCUGCUGUAGCAGGUGGCACCACUUGAAGCAAGGGAGGAAUUUCCUCAGAUCAGUAGAGGUUCACCUCCAGUAUCACGCAUUGUGGCCUUGAAGUGGCUGAAGACAAUAUCCCUCUACAGGCCAGCACCCAGGCCCACAGUUUUCCCCAAGACUGAGUGACUACUCUGUUCCUUGGCCCCUACUAUUGUCAGGGACGAUUGCAUGGGCUACACCAGGAAAGUAGGCUGGGUGACUGCAGGACUGGUGAUCGGGGCUGGUGCCUGCUAUUGCAUUUAUAGACUGGCCUGGGGAAGAAAACAGAACAAAGAGAAAAUGGCUGAGGGUGGGCCUGGGGAUGUAGAUGAUGUUGGGGACUGCCCUGGGGCCAGGUACAAUGACUGGUCUGAUGAUGAUGAUGACAACAGUGAGAGCAAGGGUAUAGUAUGGUACCCACCUUGGGCCCGGAUUGGGACUGAGGCUGGGACCAGAGCUAGGGCCAGGGCAAGGGCAAGGGCUACCCGCGCUCGACGAGCUGUUCAGAAACGGGCUUCCCCCAACUCAGAUGAUACUAUUUUGUCCCCUCAAGAGCUGCAAAAAGUUCUUUGCUUGGUUGAGAUGUCAGAAAAGCCUUAUAUUCUUGAAGCAGCUUUAAUUGCUCUAGGCAACAAUGCUGCUUAUGCAUUUAACAGAGAUAUUAUUCGUGAUCUGGGUGGUCUCCCAAUUGUUGCAAAGAUUCUUAAUACUCGGGAUCCCAUCGUUAAGGAAAAGGCUUUAAUUGUCCUGAAUAACCUGAGUGUGAAUGCUGAAAAUCAGCGCAGGCUUAAGAUAUACAUGAAUCAAGUGUGUGAUGACACAAUCACUUCUCGCUUGAAUUCAUCUGUGCAGCUGGCUGGACUAAGAUUACUUACGAAUAUGACUGUUACUAAUGAGUAUCAGCACAUGCUUGCUAAUUCCAUUUCGGACUUUUUUCGUUUAUUUUCAGCAGGAAAUGAAGAAACCAAAUUUCAGGUUUUGAAACUCCUUUUGAAUUUGGCUGAAAAUCCAGCCAUGACUAGAGAACUUCUCAGGGCCCAAGUACCAUCUUCACUGGGUCCUCUCUUUAAUAACAAGGAGAACAAAGAGAUUAUUCUGAAACUUCUGGUCAUAUUUGAGAAUAUAAAUGACAAUUUUAAAUGUGAAGAGAAUGAACCUACUCAGGAUCAUUUCAGUGAAGGUUCACUUUUUUUCUUUUUAAAAGAAUUUCAGGUGUGUGCUGAUAAGAUUCUGGGGAUAGAAAGUCACCAUGAUUUUUUGGUGAAAGUAAAAGUUGGAAAAUUCAUGGCUAAACUGGCUGAGCAUAUGUUCCCAAACAGCCAGGAAUAACUUCUUGAUUUUGUAGUUUAAAAGCAGCACACCUUGUAAACUGUUCCUUUUCUCCAUCUUGUUGAUAUGGUAAAGGAAUCCUUCCAGCUACCGAUUUUGAAUAAUGAAUAUCAUAUUGUAUCAUAAAUGCUGAUAUUUAUCUGAGUUGGUUAAGUCUAAGCUGGGUGAAUGAAUGUCACUACAUGUUCUGAAAACAUGUUUGUUGUUUUUUAUCUCACUGCCUCCAUUGAAAUAUUUUUACUAUUUCUUCUGAAUAAGUGACAGUGAACCAAUUCAUCCUAAGUAAGCUCCCUCCUGUCAUUUGCAUUGACUUCAUUUGUGUAUCAUCAAUAAAAUUGUGUGUUAAUGCUAGAAAGAAAAAAAAGAAAGAAGAAAUAAACUAUCUUUGCCCCUUUGUUUAUAACCUAGUUGGAAAGAUACGAAACAUAGAAACAAAAUAACUGAGAAUAUCUAGAGAGUAUACCCAUUGUCAAAUAUGCAUUCUCAGAGCACAGAGGAAACAACGGCUUCUGUAGGAUAUAAUAGCUACAGAUUCAUGAAGGAAGCAGCCAUUUAAAUUAAAAGGAGUCCUGAAUGGGGUAGGUAGUUAGGGUAUUCCAUGAGAUGAGAGUGAGGGGAAAUGGGUGUCAGAAAGGCAUGGAGGUAGGAACUCUUCCUAUGACAGUGAGAAAAUUAGUCUGCUUAGAGUGGAGCAUGCAGGGAAUGAAAGUAAAUAAAUUUAGAAAGGUAUGUGAAGCCAGUUGGUGGAGAGUUGUUUGAACGUUAUUCCACUGAACACAAAAACCACUGAAGAUUUUUUUAAGAUUUUUAAAAAGAUUUUAUUUAUUUAUUUUUAGAGAGGGAAGGAAGGGAGAAAGAGAGAGAAAGAGAAACAUCAAUGUGUGGUUGCUGGGGGUCGUGGCCUGCAACCCAGGCAUGUGCCCUGACUGGGAAUCGAACCUGCGAUGCUUUGGUUCACAGCCUGAGCUCAAUCCACUGAGCUAUGCCAGCCAGGGCCCACUAAAUAUUUUUUGACUAGAAGGAAUAAUUGGAAUUCACAUAAAAGUCUCUCCCUCACCUACUGUGCGGUAUCCACAAAGGUGUCGCAAAAUGGACCCUUUCAAAAUUGUGGUGGGAAUGAAUUUACAUUGGAACUAAGUUUGUGGAGGACCACUUGGUAGUACAUAUUAUAAGCCUUAAAAUAUGUGAACCCUUUAUCCUAAGAAAAUAGUUUAAAAAUUGAUCAAAGACUGCAUGUACAGGUCUGUACAUCCCAGCACUAUCUAAAAUAGUAAAAAUUGGAACAAGUGUCUAGUACAUUGGAUUGGUUAAAUAAAUUUAGGAAUUUUCAUAUGGUAUAUGAUAAAUGUGUUGAUUUAAACCCAUAUUGCCAGGAAAAGAUAUUCAUCAUGCAUUGUUAAGUGAGAAAGGCAGGUUAGAUAGUGAUAUUCAGAGUAAAAUUUCAUUUUUUUAGAAUAAUAAAACAUGUUUAAGUAGACAUUAAAAAUUCUGAAUUAUAGACACCCAAAUAGUAACUGUGGUUAUCUUUGGGUGGAAGGAUAAUGAGUGUUCUUUUACCUUUUUACUUUUAAAUUAUCAAUAUGUUCUUAUUUAUCUAAAAUGAAUAUUGAAUUUUUUGGAAAUUUUUGAAAAAGAAAAGUGUUGGGAAUGAAGUAGGUGAUUAGAGCAUAUACUAAAUGGAAAAAAAUAUUUAGAUUAAAAAUGAGAUGGUUUGAAGUUUUGUUUCUGAAAUGAUAGAUAAGUGGUGAAGGUGAGGCUCGUCAGGAGGAUUAAAUGAAGUAAUACAUGCAAAAUACUUAGAAUCUUCUGGCACAUAACAGUUAAUUAAGAAAAGCAAGCACCAUUAAUUUCCUAGAGUGCACAGGUCAUAGUUUUUUUUUUCGGUUGAUCUUUGUUUUGCUGGGGGCAUUUUACCAUGUGUCAGUGUCAUUUAAAAAUAACAAUAAAGGUUAACACUUAUUAAGUGA